AGGAGCCGGGCGGGUCACGUGGUCAAACACCGACCGCUGCUCGGAGCGGUCCCGGUGACAGAAGCCUCCCCUCGACGCUCGCUCUCCGAAUGGAAUACGACCCACUUGUUCAUGUGACCGAGUCCCGACGAGGAGGACACACACCGACUCGUCUGCGGCUCUGAAACAGCGUGUGCGUUUCAUCCACAUCUCUGUCUCCGGUCGACUCGGACCUGCCGACGGCCCCUAUCGGCACAAAGAGAAGAAACGCCUCGACUCCUCGGACAGGACCACGGCUCCCGCAGCGAGGCGGCAGCGGAGGACGAGGACCCCCAGAGCCCGAGGGACAUGGAGCCGACCAAGGCUGGAGGCGUAAUAGCCUACAUCAGCUCCUCGCCCAGCUCCUCGUCCAGCCCGGAGUCCUGCCACAGCGACUCCUCCAACGGCAGCUACCAGUCGUCCUCCCCGCCCCACGGCUCCUCGUCCGGCCGCCGCCAGCCGGGUCAGCCGGCUGACCCUACGCUCCCGGCUGGUGGCCAAAACCUUCUAGGGACUCAAAAGAUCGGACGCGCCCCUUCCACUGCGAAAUGUGGCAUCACAAAAAUCAAUGGCCUGGUGCUGCUGUGUAAGGUCUGCGGUGAUGUGGCCUCUGGUUUCCACUACGGUGUCCACGCCUGCGAGGGCUGCAAGGGCUUUUUCAGGAGGAGCAUCCAACAGAACAUCCAGUACAAGAAGUGCCUUAAGAACGAGAGCUGCCCCAUCAUGAGGAUCAACAGGAACCGCUGCCAGCAGUGUCGCUUCAAGAAAUGCCUGAUGGUGGGGAUGUCCAGAGACUCUGUGCGUUUUGGCCGAAUCCCCAAGCGUGAGAAGCAGCGCAUGCUGCUGGAAAUGCAAAGUGCCAUGAACAACAUGAUGAACAACAGCCAGCUGCACAGCAACCAGGCGCUGCCAAUCGCCAAGCCGCUGCCAGCCGGUGCCACAGAACCCACCUCAGAGGAUGCUGGCCCCGCCCCCUCCCGCUCUCCGUCCUCCUCGCCGUGCUCAAGCCAGUCUGACCCCAGCUCGGACCCCGAGCCCGCCGUGGCGAUGGACACCAGCCCCAGUUCGGCCUCGCCGAGCGCGUCCGACAGCGGGGAGGAGGAGGUGAUCGGCUCGGUGACCCGGGCCCACCAGGAGACCUUCAUGUACAACCAGGAACGGAGCAACCUGGCGGCCGAGGCCCCAGCCCCGGCCCCGGCCGCUGGCUCCUCCAACAGCGGCUCCGACCAAAACGCCACCAGCCGCUGGAACGAGGAGCAGCAGGACGCCUGGAACCACCACAACGACAUGGCUACCGUGGCAGCGCAGGAGCCCUCCUCCGGCGCGGGGCCCCAGGGUGCGGAGGACAACAGCACCAACCACUGCCCUUUCAGACUGUCCCGGGACGCUGGCAGCCACUGUCCCGCCUACAACCACGGAGCCUUCAGAGCUCCGGCUGCAGAGGAGGCUGCCGGAGCAGCCCACAGUGGGCACCAGUGGAGAGAAGGCAGGAGGAGACAUCUGGUUUGUCCGAUGAACACGUCUCCUCAUGUGGACCCGCAGAAGUCUGGCCACGAGGUGUGGGAGGAGUUCUCCCACAGCUUCACCCCCGCCGUCAGGGAGGUGGUGGAGUUUGCCAAGAAGAUCCCAGGCUUCCGAGAUCUGUCCCAGCCCGACCAGGUCAGCCUGCUGAAGGCCGGCACCUUUGAGGUGCUUGUGGUUCGCUUUGCGUCUCUUUUCGACAUGAAGGACCGCACCGUGACCUUUCUGGGUGGGAAGAAGUACAGCGUGGACACCCUGAGGGCCAUGGGGGCCAGCGACCUCCUCAACUCCAUGGUGGACUUCAGUGAGAAGCUCACCAACCUGGGCCUCAGUGAGGAGGAGAUGAGCCUCUUCACCGCCGUGGUUCUGGUCUCCGCAGAUCGCUCCGGCAUCGAGAACGUGAACUCGGUGGAGGCGCUGCAGGAGACGCUGAUCCGCGCCCUGCGCAGCCUCAUCACCAAGAACCACCCCAACGAGUCGGCCAUCUUCACCAAGCUGCUGCUCAAGCUGCCCGACCUGCGCUCGCUCAACAACAUGCACUCGGAGCAGUUGCUGGCCUUCAAGGUCCAUUCCUGAAGUUACCUCCAGUACAGACCCCACUCCCCCCUUUCCUCCCCACCACCACACAGACCACAAACCAGAACAGCCCAUGACCGGAUCUGGGGGGGGGGGGCGUCACCGGACAGAGACCACCAGCUGAUCCACUCUUCCCACCCACCCGACCACACCUCCAGCUCCAGCUCCCUUCUGGCUACAAACUGAACUAAAGCUCAGACCUGACAUUCAAGGGGGGGUGGGGGGGCGGACCAUGAAAUGUUAUUGUACUGUACUGUAGGGCCUAAGAGCCUGUGUGAUGGUAAUGCGUGCAUACAGACAUACUUGAUUGAUGUACAUGUUUCCUGUGUUUGUGUGUAGCAUACUGUGCAUUUGCGACCCUACAAACGUUAGAAGCACUUUUCUGUAUAGUGUAGAAUGGUUGUUUUUUUUUGCAUUCAUAAGUGCAAUAUGUGACUGCGUUUUGAUUUGAGCUGUGUAGUGAGGGGGCUCGCGUGCACGUUUCCGAUGGCACACGUGGUCUUGAAUUGGUGCUGUGCUCAUGUGAUCAGGGGGAAGAUGUAAACCUAGAAAAGAAACGCCCCCGGACGCUGAACAGUUACUGAGGUAAAAUCCUCUUUAAAACCAACAGGGGCCAGCGACAAUGAGAAGAAUGUGGACGUGAAGCUGCGCCAACGUCUCAGCUUUACACUUUCUUCCUCCGAGAAACCGGAGAACGUUUUAAUUUGAGUUUGGCAAAAGAAGGCGGCGUCUUAUUUUCGGCUUCUCUCAUGCGGUGGUGUACGUACUAUGCUGUGUUUCUGUCGGCUGCAGGAUAUUUUGUCUUCUAAAUUAUUUGGGCAUUUGUGACAAAUCAAAUGUAUCGGUGUCACCGUUGCUUUUGCGAUGCAGGAUUUGUACACACGGACCAGUGGACACGUAUAAACACUGAACCGUUGAAAUCAUAUUCAGGAUGUAUAUCGUGU